GGAUCUUAUUUCAUAUAAAAGAAUACAUAUGCAUUUAACGAAUUUAUAAAUCUGAAAUUGGAACGAUUGCUUUUACCACAAUGUUCAUUGAUUAAUCCCUUUCGUAAGAACAUGAUUAGUAUUUCACCUUUUGUACGUAUAUAUAUUUUUAGUAUAAUCGUUAAAUAUACACAUGUAUUAUGCAAGUAUGUUAAAUCAAACAAUAACUUGUUUUGUUUAAUAUUAUUCGGUGCACUCAAAAAACAAUUAUACCAGUAAAGUGAUACUUUCUAGAGAAGUUUGCACUCUUUGCAGGCGUAUAAAAAUCCGAGCAAACUUAGGCAACAUCCCGUACAGAGAAUCAAACGAAUAUAAGAGUGCGAAAUGUCGAAUAAUCGUAUUUAUUACGUCGAAUUGAUGAACGAAGAAAGCUAGAAUACGUCCAUCAUGAAGCCGAAAGUUCUGCUCGUCUUUGCCAACCUUAUUACUUCUACCUUUUUAGUGGCCGUGGAUACAAAAACUUUCCUCAGGCAAAGAACACAGAGCAACAACCAUAGCAACAUUAGCAAUCUAUUGGAUAAUUUACUUCGCGGUUACGACAAUAGCAUUAGACCAAACUUUGGCGGGCCCCCGGCCACUGUCGAAGUCGAUAUUAUGGUACGCAGCAUGGGUCCCAUUUCUGAGGUGGAUAUGACAUACUCAAUGGAUUGUUACUUUCGGCAAUCGUGGGUCGACAGACGUUUAGCAUUUCAGGGUGGUAAGGAAACACUCGCCCUGAGUAUUUCUAUGUUGGCGCGAAUCUGGAAGCCCGACACGUACUUCUACAAUGGCAAGCAUAGUUACUUGCAUACCAUCACUAGCCCGAAUAAAUUCGUCAGACUUUAUCAGAAUGGCAGAGUUCUUUACAGUUCCAGACUUACGAUUAAAGCAGGAUGCCCGAUGAAUCUCGAAGACUUUCCAAUGGAUACACAGAGAUGUCCAUUGCAAUUCGGCAGUUUUGGCUAUACGACACGCGAUGUAAUCUAUAAAUGGAACAGCGCAAGGCAGGUUGCUAUAGCAGAGGACAUGAAGCUGUCACAAUUUGAUCUGGUUGCCAAUCCUACCGCAAAUCAUUCGACUGCACCGGGUUUCUCACAUGCAGAAUAUUCGAUGCUCUUGGUGUACUUCCACUUGCAAAGACACAUGGGUAACUUCCUAAUACAGGUAUACGGUCCUUGCAUCCUAUUAGUCGUCUUAUCUUGGGUCUCAUUCUGGUUAAACAGAGAAGCUACGGCUGAUCGAGUGUCACUAGGCAUAACUACUGUACUAACAAUGACGUUCUUAGGACUCGAAGCGAGAACCGAUCUGCCUAAAGUUCCUUAUCCCACUGCUCUGGAUUUCUUCGUCUUUCUCUCGUUCGCGUUCAUCUUUGCUACUAUAAUACAAUUCGCAGUAGUGCAUUAUUUCACGAAAUAUGGAUCGGGAGAGUGUUACUUUAGCUCCGAUCUAAGCGAUACUGAAAGUUCAAACGAAGAGGAAGAUGUAACUAGAAGGCUAAUAAAGAGUCAACCGGCUCGUCGGAAGAGUUCGGCGAGUUCUACUGCACGAGGACAUGGCAACCGCAACUUGGCGAUAAAUGGCGACAGUAUGAUCGAAGUGAUACCAUUGUCAGCGAUCUCGAUACCCGACAGAGAUGCAACGGUGCCUGGACACUGGCAGAUAUCUUGUGUGACCUGUAGCCCACCGCCGCGACAAAUGCCGCCGCCGCCGCCGCCAUCCAGGCGAACAACGUCGUCCACGUCCAGAAGACGACGUCGACGAACACCUAGAUACAAUUCUGUAUCGAAGAUUGAUCGUGUCAGUCGUGUAAUGUUUCCCCUGUUUUUCCUGACCAUCAAUCUCUUCUAUUGGUACGCGUAUCUUUCGCGCAGCGAACGAAUCCACUAUUACAAUUCCAACACAGCGUGAUAGGAUCUCCUUCCUCAAACAAGAAAUUGUCAAGAUUAUAAAUUGCGUUGAUCUCAUUAUCGGAUUAUUAAGUGACGGAAGAUUUUGUCGAGGAAAACUUAAGAUUCCAGGCGAAACAUCAAAGUUCGUUGAUAACGACAUAGUAAAAAAUUAUAUUGACUUCCAUUAUAAAAAUGAUUAUAGAGAAAUAAUGAAAAGAUGUCAGCAUAAAAUACAUCAUAAGAGAGCUAAACGUGUUUUCACUAAAUAAACUUAUAAUCAAAUAAAUAAAGCAAGUACACUUGAAAAUUGAGCGGAAAGAAUGUUACCUUAAUAUAAUAUUAUUUUAUUUUACUUAAUUUCUAAAUUUUUCUCAUCCUGCCUAAAAGAAUUAACGCUAAUCAAAUGAUCAAGGUAGUAAAAGUAGGUUUCUCUAACAUUUCUAGUUAGCUGUUCUAUUCUAGUUAGAUAAUAAAAUCAUAUUGCUACUAAAAGUAAAAUUUUAUACAUAUAUGUAUGGCAUUUACUAAGUAGUUGCAGGUAAUUAUAAAAAUUAAUUAAAUUGAAUUAAAAAUGAUUACAAUACUACAAAGAAACCUCAGCUUCCCUCAUGGAAAGAUAAUAGAAAUUGCCAUCUUAUUUGAUAUUAAAAAUUCGCGGAAAUUUGAUAAAAGCUUGUCUUAUGUAUAAUUCUGCUACUACUGUCUGGCUAGAGGCAGAGAGAAGAUUGACAAUGAGAGCAAGAUCAUGUUGGUGAUCCAUGCUAGUGUGGCACAGAUAGAAACCAAAUAGCAUUUUCCAUCUGGAUAAGUAGAUGAACGUAGUUCCUACUCCCACGAUAAAAUAGAUGCGAUGGCGCUAUAAAUCAGCACGAUCCGGCAUGACCACUCUGACUUCUCUCUGCUAGAGACACAGUGUAACAAUAAGAUAUCUGAAUCCAUUUGAAUAAUAGUCGAUAUAUCUCGCGAAACAAUUAGAAUCGAUUAAUAAUGACCGUCCAGCGAAACCUUUGCAUUAUCGAUCAUUGACAUAAUUAUUCGCAAAUAUAUGUAUGUAUGUAUAAUAUAAUAUGUGUAAAUUCCAGAAUAUACAAAAUGCGUAUUCUUUUUUAUACUAAAUUAAAAAAAUUGUCCUUCUAAUGGUUAUUUUGAUCAGGUUGAGUUAAGUUAAUUUACUUUUCUCAAUGAAAUAAAAAAGGAUUUCCUAAAUAAAAAUUUAUUUCUUAUUGUGUCAUAUAAUAGCGAUAACAUAAAAAAAAUUUAAACUUAAUUUAAUUUCCUGUGGCCCACGCAUGAAUUACGAUUGUAAUGGCUAGGACCCGAAAGUUGGUGCGAUUUCUCGGUGCGCGCGAAACACCACCGCGUGCGAGUGAGUCGAACAUUCGGACCCUAGGCCAGUAUUCAUAGUCAGAUCUUACAUUCAAGACUGACUCAACAUCAUCUUUAAAUACUCCGUAGUGAAACGUUCCGUACAGCAUCUUUAGAUAAAUUCAAGAUGGUUUUGAAUAUAAGAUCCGACUGUAAAUACCGACCCCAAUAAUGAUACAUAAUAAAUUUACGUGUACCCUUAGAUUAGAUAAAUGUUCAAAAUUGAAAUACAAAACAUAUUAUAACGUCAGACAGUAACAUUGUAUGUGACAAGAAAGAAUAUAAGUUAUAUAUGAUUUAUGCAUAUAUAUACAUGUAUAUAUACAUUCAUAAAUAUAUAACUUAUAUACAUACAGAUUUGUAUUAUAACAUCUAACGUAUAUAUGUAAAGAGAGUAAUUAUGCUUUUGUUUGGACAAAAAUACAUAUCUCACAAAGCAUU